AUGGUCAUGGAGGUGGACGAGGAUGAGGGUUACAAGGCUGAGCGCGCUUACGUGGCGCUGUUGCACGGAGAAAACAAAACAUUUCUCCUGUAUGCCGCGUCGUUUCAGCCUGAGUUAGGACAGCUACGGACAGGGCCUCGGAAGAGUUUUGUUGAGCACAAUGCUUCACAUGUUGAUUGCGCAGGCGAACACGUGAAGAGCCUUAGCGCGAUUUGGGAAGUUGAAGAGGUGGAUCUUGUAGAUUGUCCAGUAGCGGACAAGUCCCGUCGAAAGCGGCAUCGCUACGUGUUUACAAAGCUCAGAUGCCUAGAGGUACCCUACAGGAGAAUCAUUUUCUUGGACCUGGACGUGAUUGUGAGAAGUUCGCCAGCUCCUUUGUUCGAGGUGCCCGCGCCAGCCGGCAUGUACCACGGCCGCUGGGACCGCGGCCAAGCGCAGCACGGCGUGCCCCUCCCACCAGAGGCGUUUUACGACGAUGGCUGCAUCGGGUGCGUCAAUGCGGGCCUCUUGCGUUUCGAUCCACCUGCGAACAGUUCAGCCAGGAGGGCUUUGGUCAAAAAUAUGCUGGAGCAGGUAAAAGCUCUUAGCAAGAGUGACGAGUCCUACCUGCCAGAGCAGUAUUUCAUGGUGAAGGAGCUGAAUGGCUGGCAUCACAUAGCAGUUGCAUGGAACUGCGAGGUGAAUCCGGAGUGGUUCAUUCAGUAUGGACGCGGCAAACGCCGCGCCCAUUCUGUCCUCAAAGCAGAAAUGCACGAUGACUGGUGGAAGCUUGGAGGUACCGAGGAGGAGCUUCGGAAGAAUGUCCACAUGUUUCACUUCAGUGGACAAUGGCUGCAGCCCUGGUGGUACAUUCACCUCGAUCCAGAAGACGCCAUGAAGGUUAUCAAGAAGCACUACGCUUGCAGGGACAAGCGGGGCAUGAUCGCCCUGGCGGUGGGUGACUGGCUCAGAGGGAUUCAGGAAUUGCAGAAGAGCGAUGAGUACAGCGCAGAGCAGGCUGUUUUUCAAGAAAUUAUCGAUGAGCUCAAGCACAAAGCACGGCGCUGGUGGGAGGAGGUCUCGUUGUGCAAACUCUGCAAGAACCCCAAGGAGGAGGGCGAGGACCUUUGUGAAGAAUGCGAAGUCCAAUCGCACAAAGAUGACAAGGAGAAUGGCCAUGCAGGCACAUGUGCACGUGAGAAACACAAUGCCAAGUCAGUCAAAAGAAGCGGUCAAGCCCGCUGGGGAAGAAAGAAGAGAAGCCCGAAGAAGUUUGACUCGGGAGGUUGA